AUGGCCCUCCGAACCCUCUCCGCAAAGAACGCCGCGGCACUCGACCAGGAGUUAAUGAGCUCGGGAGCAUUCUCCAUCGAUCAACUGAUGGAACUGGCCGGGCUGUCAGUCUCACAGGCAGUUUACAAGCUCCAGCCACCAAGUCGUGGCAGGCGGAUCCUCGUGGCAUGCGGACCCGGGAACAAUGGCGGCGACGGCCUUGUGGCUGCCAGGCAUCUAUGGCACUACGGAUACCAACCGACGAUGUACUACCCGAAGCAGAGCAAGAAGGAGCUAUACCAGCGCCUCACCAAGCAACUCCAAGACCUCCAAAUCCCCUUCACCACCGACUUCCCCACCGCGCUCCAAAACGCCGACCACGUCGUCGAUGCCAUCUUCGGCUUCAGCUUCUCUGGCGAAGUCCGUGAGCCGUUCCCCCAAGUGAUCGAAGCGCUACGCGACACGAAAGUCCCCGUGCUGGCGGUCGACGCGCCGUCGUCGUGGAACAUCGAGACCGGACCGCCGGAGGACGGGCCCGGGAAGGGGUUUCAGCCCGGGGCACUGGUUUCACUGACGGCGCCGAAGCCGUUGGUGAAGUGGUUUAGGGGGAGGCAUUUUGUGGGGGGGAGGUUUUUGACGAAGGAGGUAGCGAAGAAGUAUGGGUUGGAUAUGCCGCCGUAUGAAGGCGUGGAUCAGAUUGUCGAGGUGCCGGCGCAGGGAGAGGGGAGAUUGUGAGGGCUGAUCUGAGGAUGAGGUAUCGUUGUAGUCUAAACAUGAAUUC